AUGGCCGGACAACAAAUGCAAGCUCUGGUGACCGAAUCUUCGGCCGGCGGCGGCGGGUCGCCGAAGAUGGUCAGGAAGCAAGUUCCGAUCCCUGAACCGGCCCCGCAUCAAGCUCUCGUUAAAGUGUCGCAUAUUGCACAAAACCCGACCGACGUUCAAUCUCUUGACGGCAAUGCAUUCGGUGACGGCGCCGUCCUUGGGUGCGACUUUGUGGGGACAGUCGAAGCGGUUGGCGACAAGUGUAGCAAGCUGUCCAAGGGCGACACUGUUGCUGGCCUAAUUUGGGGAGGUCAGGAAUCCUUGGUUAGCCGAGAUCUACGAACAAGUUCUGAUACAUCGCCAGGUGAAAUCAAGGGUCUUGGCGGCUAUGGCGAGUACACCCUCGCGGACGACAACAUCAGCUUCCGAGUCCCCAAGAACAUAAGCCUGCAGGAGGCUGCUACAAUACCCCUAGCUUCCAUGACGGCUGAGCUAGCCCUGUUCUCCAAAGCAUGCCUCGCUAUUCCUCGAGAGAGCGGAUCGGAGACAGCAGUCCUUAUUUGGGGUGGUAGCUCGAGCGUCGGCUUGUACGCCAUCCAGAUAGCAGCGAUGCAAGGCCUCAAAGUAAUCACGACGUGCAGCCCUCAUCACUUCGAUUGGGUCAGGUCCCUAGGCGCGAAGCAUGUCUUCAGCUACCGCGAUGACGACGUAAUUGAGUCCAUCAAAAACACGACGCCUGGCCUCAAAUAUGUCUUUGACACCAUCGGCAACAAGUCCUCCUCCGGCCAGGCAUCCCAAGCCAUCGAUGAGAGCGGCGGGCGGCUCUGCACCGUGCGCCCGGGGAAGGCCAACACUGAAAAUGUUUCGAAGCAGACGACUGUGACCGACGUCUUGGUCUGGACUGCGUUCUUAAAGGAUCAUCAGUAUGCUCAAUUUGAAUGGCCGGCUAGCGAGGAGGACCACAAACUCGGUACCGAGUUUUAUGAAAAACUCCCGAGAUGGGUAGAGGCCGGGAAGUUGAAGCCCAACAAGCCGAAGGCCAUCUCUGGGGGUCUUGAUGGUGUAGACGAAGGCUUCCAAGUAUAUCGGGAUGGGGCAAUCUCCGGCGAGAAGUUGGUGUAUCAACUCUGA